AUGACACUGGUAAUCCAGAUAGCUAUUGCUUUACAUCUACCUUUGCCUUUCCCCGUGGAGGCAAAUCACACCUCUGAUGGACCAGGCACCAAAAUUAAUUCUAUGAUAGACACUUUUCCAAGCGGCGGCGUUGGCAGGUUUGGCGACAGGAAAACAUUCUACCAUGUCAAGUCCGUAGCAGGCCGCCCCGCUAACCGAGGCCCUUUUCGGGUGUCCCGAAACUCUAUGGAGCUCGAGUCCCAAGGUUAUGUGGCGAUUGUUUUUACGUGGUUCUCGACGGGUCCCGUCCACGAAUACCAGUCGUUCCGAAUUGCCCAACCCAAGGAUCUUCCAUCCGAGGAAGUCUCGCUGGUACCAGCCGACCUUAUUGGGACGAGUCUCAGCGACUGGCUCGUAUUCCAUACGCAAAGAUGGUCCGGUCGACAAUCAUUACCCUGUGAUUUCAGCACGCAGAUACGUGGUUUCUCGACUUACCAUGACGAUGAUUCCUGCAUCAACCGACUCCUCUACUCAAAUUCUAUUCUGAAGAUGUACAGUGGUGCCUUGGUAAAUAGGCGAGGACGGGGUUGGCAAGGAUUCAAGCAAGUGCAGACCUACGAUCAGAUUUCCAAUUCCACCACCUCGGAAUCAUUCUUGAAAAAAUGGCCCCUGACUGGAUGCGCAGAGAGCAUUUACAUCGGUGACGGGAGGCUCUCUGAGAGCAGGUCAUUGUCCAAACAAACCUUCGAGUACGACACCGUGUCUACGGAACAGGGGUCCUGGAAAAUCUUCAAGAUUCACCGAACCGCAGACCUCCGCAACUAUCUAAGCGAUGGUAUAAUAGACGGGCAAUCCGGGACUCGUUACUCCUACGAUGAGGAAAGCAAUGUAAUCGAGGAAGAGGUUCGCAACUCAGAUAGCUCUAAAUACUGGACAAAAUUCUCCUACCAGAAGUUCCAAAACUUGGUCCCAUUACGGGCGUGCAAAAAGGUUACCUUGAUACGCGAGAACCAUGACUUUGAAGGGUUCGAAAAGGGUGAUAUUAGCAUGACACGCGCAUGUUACGAUGCCAAUAGUGGGAUUCUCACCAAGAUCUCUGAAUGGUCAUCAUCGGUGAAUCAGUUUACCUCCCAAUUUUUCGAGUUCGAUGAGUACGGCAAUGAAGUCAAGAUUAUUAGUGCACUGGGGCUAGAGACUUGCACCAAUUUCGACAGCAGAUUCCAUAUCUAUCCCAUCGCUAUUUCCGAGUGUGGCCAGGAUGUUCGCCUUCCAUCGCAAUCUGCAUAUGACUGUAAUACGGGCGCGCAAAUUGCUACUUUGAAACCGGACGGCUCCUUGACGUGUUCUUUGGUCGAUUCGAUUACAGAAACAGAACCCUGUGAAGAAGACAACAAGGCCAUGCAAUUAUUGUCAUCCCAGGACCUUGUUCGGAGUCAAACAUUGGCCGAACGUCUUUCCACAACUUCAGUAUCGCCAUAUACAGACGUGUCAGUGAAGUUUCACUCCGACUCCAAUGGAGCAUAUAUUCUUGCCAGUACGAUUUCCUCGCACAACCCCGGGCCUGAUGGCCGAGUUGAGAGCUUAAACUUCAUCGAUUGUAGGGGUAUGGUUCGCAAAACGGCAAAGACGCAUGGCUGCAUGCCGCGUAGCUGGGUUUACUCGGAGUACGACUCACGGGGUUGUAAUGUGCUUCAAAGCUUUGCCACCAAAUUGCCCGGGUGCCAAGAUAGCAUCGCCGCGGGUUUGGAGUGGAUGCCGGAUAGGAGCACGUGCGUCACGACCACCUUCGAUGCACUGAAGCGCCACACAUCAUCUCAGACGCGCCCAAGUCAUCAAGGGCAGGAUAGGGUCAUUGAUACACGCCUUUCGUAUCUUGAGGGAGGGAAGACUGUUCAAAUAACGUUUACAGACUCAUCUGGAGCUACGUUCUCCAAAACCGAGAAGCAUUACGCUCGAAUAAAUGGGAAAGAAAAAAUGGUGGCCAUGGUGGAUGAGAAUGGAUCCAGAACAACCUACAACUUUGAUCCAUUGGGCCAUCUGACUCGCAUAACUGAUCCGGCAGGAAAGAUCGAGUCGAGGGUUUACGGUUCGCUGGGUAACCUCGAAAAGACAUGCGACCCAUACAGAGGCACGGAGACAAGGCAACAUGAUCUCAACGGCAAUAUUAUGGAAAAGAUCAACGCUGUUGGAGAAAAGCUUGAGUACUCCUACGACUGCAAGGGUCGAGUGAGACAGAUAAUGGGACACGACAGGCGCGUCAUUUAUGAAUGGAACAGUUCCGGUUUGAUGCUAUUCAAGCCAUCACGAUCCAGCGCAACGGAGAGACUGAUGGGUCGUAUCCUGGCCAAAACUGUGCAUUUGCCAUUCCACCAUCCCUACCGCACUGUAUACGCGUACGAUUAUCAAGACCAGAUCGUCGCCAAAACCCUCCUAGACGGAUCAAAGGUCUUGGAAAAAUAUUCCGGUGCCUUGCUCUCAGAGUCGGACCUUCAUGUGGACGAUUGGCAAAUGGAGGUGGAUACAACAGCAGCUCUAUUAAACGAAGAAUAUAAAUUCAACAAUCUUGAUCGACUCUCAAGCACCUGUGAUACCCUUUCUGAUGAUCUCACGAAAUACACCUACCAGGCCGGGAGGUUAUCAUCCGUGAAGACUAAUGAAGAUCUUGGAGCGAGCUAUACCUCUGAUGCGUCGGGCAAUAUAAUGCAGAAGAGGGAUAUGGAAUUCCAAUAUCUCCUGGGUAAUGUCCUGGUCACUGCUCAAGACGGUAAGAUUGCGAGAGUCCAGUAUGAUGCUGCAGGGCGAAUGGUGCGGCGCACAGUCAAUGGUGAAUCGUUUGCAUUCUAUUACGAUGACUUCGGUCAUAUGAGCCAUGCAACGUCGUCGCAAAGAUCCUUCCAGACGGAUCCCAGCAGCUACAUAUCAGCCAGGGUUUUGAGAUCUCGGUUAACGCAGAUGCCUCGUUGUCGGAUCAGGCGUAAAUUCUACGGUGCUGAUCGUAUAGUAGGCGUACUUUGGAGCGAUCCAGCGGAAGGGGUCGAGGGGGCGGAAGAGCCAUCAUAUUCCUAUCACACGGUGGAAUGGUUCCAUACAAACACCAAGGGAAACAUCACGCGCGUCUUUCGCGGGAACGGAGCUCUGAAAUAUAGAUCCGAUUACUCUCCCUUUGGCCAAGCCAUGCUCAGCAGCCAAGAAACUGAAUUGUCAGCAUACGAAGGCAAGACGAUCGAGGCUCAGACGGGGUUGUUGGACUUUGAUGCACGAUGGUAUGACACUCUUCUCGGACGAUUUGCUACGCCGGACGAUACCCUCGACGAGAAGUCGCUGUCCCUCCCAGACGGUAUGAACUGGUACGCGAUUGAGAAUAACGGUCCCAUCAACCACAUUGAUCCAACCGGGCAUUGGAGUUGGAAGGUUUGGACGGGCUUAGGUAUCGGAGCUGCGCUAGUCAUUGGUGGUCUUGUCGCUCUCGCCACGUUACCAGUCAGUCUACCUGCAGCUGUAGUACCCUCUAUAUUUUCGCACAACAUCAUCACUGGGGCCGCACUGGGUGCCGGUGGAUCCGCUUUGGAAUAUUCCUGGGGCCACCGUGAGGACUCCGAGUCUAACUCCUUCCGCUUGGAUCACUUCGCCACUCACACUUCAGUCGGAGCUACCAUCGCCAACAAUCUUGUAGACCAACAUGUCUGGGGGCAGAAGAAUGUUCGAUGGUCUGACGGCCUGGUCUCAGCAAUGAUCACGGGUGCUGUGCUUGGUGUCCUUUCUGCAGGUGCUAGUGCUGCGUGGGCAGACAAGACAAAGGGCAUUAAUGAACAGGUGACUAGUGCUUGGAAGAACAUUAAAAGUGAGGGAUAUUUGAGACGAAUUACCAAAGCCCUCAGGGCCCCUGCACAGAAGCUGCUCAGAGGAGCAAGAUUCGAAUCAAGUAUGGUUAAUCAUAGCCCUCUGGAUUGA